AUGAGUAUCCAAAACCGCAUACAGAAUGUGGAAAGUUCUUAUGGUCCGCCUAUUCCUGCAAUUGGAAACGACGUACCGCGAUCAAAUGUGAAGGUUGAAACAAAUGUAGUUAUUGCUGGAGUGCUACAGGCUGUUGAGUGCAGAGCUGAAGUAAGGGAUCUGCGCAAAUUAGAAAAUGCCAGCGCUAAGCUCGAAUCGGAUGAAUUGGCUUUCUUGGAUGAAAAGGCUCUCUCAUUACAGAAAAUAGACUACAAAAUGAAAAUAUGGAAAAGAUAG